UUCGUUGUUCGUAAAGCCUAGGACGUCAGUUCUUUUCAGUUUAUGUUUUUGGUUAGUGUUCUUUUUAAAGUGAAGAUCAAAGAUGAAGGCGGAAAUUUUAUUAUUCGUGAUCACCAUGGGAGUUUCAGCAGUGAUGGCGGCAUUACCCCAAUGCACAGAAGAGGGUAGGUUUCCUUAUCCUGGCACAUGUGGAGCAUAUUUUGACUGUACUCGGAAUGAAUCUGGUGGCUAUAACCUUGUUAAGGAUAACUGCAGAGGCUACACCUUCGAUUCUGCCACGAAAACUUGUAUUGACAUGCAAUGUGAAGCCCGGAUUAAACGCAGUGUUACUACUGAUGAUCAUCAGUACUCGCAUUUGUGUCAAGGUCAGCCGGACAAAUUUGUAUGUGCCAGUUGCAAAACGCUCGUCAUGUGUGUGAAGGGUCAAGCCUUCACUCGUCACUGUACCCAUAAUAACUUCUGCACAGGCCGGAACAAGUUUGGAGGUGGAGUUUGCUACCCAAAUGAACCUGUAGAGUGCACUUGUACGAAGGCUAAUGACUUCAAGGUAGAUCACUAUGAUCCCCAGAGAUUCUUCUCUUGUGACAACAUUGGUGCAACACCAGAGAGUUACAGGUGCCCAGAUGGAAUGGAAUUUGACGAAAGUAUAGCUCAAUGCCGCAACAUUGGCGGCCUGCCACCAUGCUCCGUUUCAGGACAGUUUGUUAAUCCCAGUAACUGUAAAGAAUACUACUCUUGCAUUCCCCUUAAACACGGAUGGCUUCAGAAGACUUUCCAAUGCAUCCAAGGCCUGAUGUUCAAUCAGAAGACGCAGAAAUGUGAAAAUCCUUGCAAGUACCAGUUCGUGUGCACGCAAGAGGGACGUUACGCAGACACUAUCAACAAGCGUAAUUACUUUGAAUGCUACAUGUUGGGAGGAAGUCUGAGACAAGUGCGUUAUAAUUGCCCAGAGGGUUAUAUGUGGAGUGAAGACUCUCCAGGCAUUGGGAAGUGUGUUGAAGACCAUGGUGAGAGGGACGAUGAUUAUCCCUUCAGGCAAUGCUCAUUGGAUGGCUUGUGUGUAGUUGUUUUCAGUGCAGGUACCAAUUAGGAGGAACUGAACGAGGAAGUGUGGAAGCUUCCCAUCAAAAUGAACUAGACGUCACCGCCCUUUGACUUCAAUAUUUUUUUCCAGUUUUAAUAAGAUGAUUUUAAAUUAAAGUUUGUUUUACUUUAAAAUCCUCGGCUACAGAACAUUACUUUGUUGAUACACUAAAGUAACACUACUUGUGACAUUUACAUUAAAAGCCAACAAGGUACUUCAGGAACCCCUUCACUCUGACUUUACUAGUCGCUCUAAAGUAACUGCAUCAUUAACUAUACUGUGGUUGGUGUCCUGUUAGCCCCUCCCAUGGCAAGUAU